AUGCGCGGACAAAUCGCCACGCCUUCGCACUCGCUUAGGCCACACCACCUUAGACAAGACCGCCCCACGCCUCCUCUCGCUGCCUCACCGCGAGGCCAUUGGCGACAGCGCCUCCCCUCCCCACAAAGUCCCGUUGAGCCUCGACGCGCUAGCAUCUGCAUCCCAUCCCUUCCUCCACUCCUAGCUCGCCGUCCGCCGUUCGCCGUGCGCGAUUGGGUACGUCAUCCCCCCUUCCCGCCACGCCUUCUCUUCUUCCGGGUACGCCCUUGUUUCCUCCCCUGCACGCCCUCAUUCCAGAGCACUGAAUUUCCCUUUCCGCAACCUCAUUUCCGCCCGAAAUCCCCUUUCCGCAACCUCUCGCCUUACCCAUUCCUGCUCCUAUUGCCUCCCGGUUCAAAUUCUUCUUUCGCCUCCCCGCGCGUGCUCCUCUCGCAUCCCCUCGCUCUCCUCUCGCUUUCCCCGCCCGGCCUCCUCACGCCUCCCCGCGCGCUCGACUCUCGCCUCCACGCGCGGCCUCCUCUCGCCUUGCCGCGCGUUCUCCUCUCGCCUCCCCGCGCGCGCGACUUUCGCCUCCCCGCGCUCUCCUCUCGCCUCCCCGCGCGCCCUUCUCCUCCUCUCACCACGCCUUCUCCUCCUCUCACCACGCCUUCUCCUCCUCUCACCACGCCUUCUCCUCCUCUCACCACGCCUUCUCCUCCUCUCACCAUGCCUUCUCCUCCCGCCACCCCCUCUCCUCCUCCCACCAUGCCUUCUCCCCCUCCCGCCGUGCCCUAUCGUCCUCACGCCAUGCCUUCUCCUCCUCUCGCCAUGCCUUCUCCUCUCGCCAUGCCUUCUCCUCCUCUCACCACGCCUUCUCCUCCUCCCACCAUGCCUUCUCCUCAUCCCACCAUGCCUCCUCCCCCUCCCGCCGUGCCUUCUCGUCCUCCCGCCACUCCUCCUCUCCUGCUUCCCACCAUUUCCCCGCCUGCUUCCCCUAUUUUCCCCCUCUGCUCCUCUUUCCCCAUCUUCUCAACUUUCCCACCUCCGCUCUUUUUUCCCCUCUGCUUCUCUUCUCCCCCUCUUCUCCUCUUUUCCCUCACUGCUCCUCUUUCCCCCCUGUGCUCCUCUUUUCCCCCCCCUACUCCACUUUCCCCCUCUGCUCCUCUUUCCCUCUCUGCUCCUCUUUUUCCCGUCUGCUCCUCUUGUCCCCCUCAGCUCAUCUUUCCCCCCUCUGCUCAUCCUUUUCCUUACUGCACCUCUUUCCACCCACCGCUCCUCUUUUCCCCCUCUGCUCCUGUUUCUCCCCCCCGCUCUCAGUUUUCCUCCCCUGCUCCCCUUACCCUCUCUGAUCUUCUUUUCCCCCUCAAAUCCUCCUUCCCAUCCGCACCUCCCCCGUCCCCUCUUAUUCCUCUCCCUUCCCCGCCAGCUCACUCACCCCUUUCUUCUUUUGCUUCUCAGCCGCCAGUGAACCCGCGGGCUCCGUGCUCUGCCUACAGGUGGCUGAUGCUUUCUCCCGAUCGACAUGGCGCAAGAGCCCCAUCCUUGCCUUUCCGUCCCCAACCCCACCCUUCCCACCCAGGUGCCAUGAAAAGCCACGCUCAUCUUUCUUACUUCCCAUUCUUACGUCCCAUCUCCCCUCCCUCCCUUCCUAUCUCCUUCCCUCCCUGCCCUUCCCUUUCUGCCCUACCCUUCCUGCAAUUCUUACCCCUCACAUACUUCCAUUCCUUACUUUUUUUCCACAUCCGUGCCUUCUCAUCUCACAUCCCUGCCUUCUCAUCUCACAUCCCUGCCUUCUCAUCUCACAUCCCUGCCUUCCCAUCUCACAUCCCUGCCUUCCCAUCUCACAUCCCUGCCUUCCCAUCUCACAUCCCUGCCUUCCCAUCUCACAUCCCUGCCUUCCCAUCUCACAUCCCUGCCUUCCCAUCUCACAUCCCUGCCUUCCCAUCUCACAUCCCUGCCUUCCCAUCUCACAUCCCUGCCUUCCCAUCUCACAUCCCUGCCUUCCCAUCUCACAUCCCUGCCUUCCCAUCUCACAUCCCUGCCUUCCCAUCUCACAUCCCUGCCUUCCCAUCUCACAUCCCUGCCUUCCCAUCUCACAUCCCUGCCUUCCCAUCUCACAUCCCUGCCUUCCCAUCUCACAUCCCUGCCUUCCCAUCUCACAUCCCUGCCUUUUUUCCUCACAUCCCUGCCUUUUUUCCUCACAUCCCUGCCUUUUUUCCUCACAUCCCUGCCUUCCCUCCCAUAGAGGUCACAUGA